UGGUUCUAUUCACCGAGAGGUAUAAGUUAUGUGUUUGGAAAGGACGUCGUAACAGCCACUUGCAAGCGACUCAACAUCGAUUUGGUCAUUCGUGCUCAUCAGGCUGUCCAAGAUGGCUACGAAAUAAUGACCGGAAGAAUGUUGAUAACCGUAUUUUCGGCACCAAAUUAUGCUGGACUAUUCAAUAACGCUGCUGCGGUUGUUUGUCUUGACGAGAAUUUGAACAUAUCAUUCCAACAAUUACGAGCUCCAUUACCAACAAAUUCUGCUUCUGCCCGAGUUUGCCCUCCGGUUGCGUGUGAACCCGGCAAGCCAACCACUCCUGUACCGGAUCUCAGCAAGCGUGUAGGAGAGCCAACGCCCAGUCAAACAAAUGUUAGCUCAUUUUUCGAGAUUCAAAACAUUCCAUUAAUGUACGGUCAACUCAAAUUGGCGAUUCGUUUUGAUCACACCAAUUUCAUUUUUUGA